CGUGGUUACAUGAUUCCUGGUUUGGUUAACUUUAGCUGUUUAUGUCUUCAUUAUGAUACCCUUACAAAUGUUUGAGUCAUAUUAAAUAUAACGUACUAAAAAUACUAAAACAUGUCUGAGACUCUUAAAAGCGAGGAUAAGUUGGGAGCACUUUUACAUGAGGUUCAAGAUGAUUUGAGACAACUCAAAAGCAGUAUUGAGAAAAUCACUAUCAGUGAGGGGGGGGAAACACUGGAUUUUAAGGCCUUGGACACUGUCAUUCGCAAGACAGAGAGUAGCAUCAGGAAAUGUGCAGAGGAUUAUCUGAAAACUGUGACUAAGCAGCUACUGGUUCUUCCAAGCAUUGAAGCACUAGACAAAAAGACAGCACAGAUCCCAAAAUGGAAACCCUCUCUGGAGAGUAUCCCAGAUGUGCGUCCACAAAGGGAAGACCUUCCAUGGCUCUCACCUGGGGAAAAGCACAAGUCAGCAUUAACCAUGCGUGUGCUGUGUAAUCCCACUCACCCAAACAACAGAGCUGUAAUGCACCAGAAAUUUGGGAUAUCACUCCCUGAUAUUUACAAGAGGAGCACAAAUGUAGCAAAACAUAACAGAAUAAUCACUGGCCCUGUGGUGAGUCUUCAGACCACUGAAUCAAAGGGACAGCAUAACCUGGCAAUGCCUGAAGAAGACUUACGGAGAGUGCCAGAUACACGUUUGCUUCAUAUGUCGAUCCAGCACAAGGCUGCUUCUCUUCACCCCAGAGACGAUUCAUAUUCUUCUAUAGGUCUGAAGUCCACGUGUCACAAGCAGUUGAAAUGGAAAACAGAACCUAGAUCCGCCUCCGAAACAUUUGGCAGGGAAUCCACACCCCUCUGGACCACCAAGACACCGCCUCCCUCUCCCAAGAGCACGGAUCACAUGGGUAUGAUCCAAGGCACCAACCGUCUUAUCCCUAAAAGCCUACAGAAUAUACCUGUAAACAUCAGCAAAUAUCCCUUUACCAUCAUAAAGGGCCAGGUCAACUCAGUGGCAACAGAUUUCUGUCACUUCAAGCAGAGCUUUAGCUUGUGCUGGAGCAGUGUGGUAGAUGCUCUGGAGGCCCUUGAAAAGCUGCUCAGGGAGUUUGCUGUGCCUCUGGCCAACGUGAGUGGGGAACGGCUAGUGGAGUUUGGCUGUAGUUGGAGUAAUGGUUGGAGAAAGGCUCCUCCAGUGAUAAGCCUCCUCUCAGUGCUUGAAAACUGGGAGGAGGUAUUGGAUCUGGUCUUACGCCCAGGUCAGCGCUACAAGGGAGAAGGAGGCACUGAGGCGGCUGUCAUCCAGAUCCAGACCUGCUGGAGGCGCUACUUAGCCCGGACAGCCUACCUGCACCACUGCCGGCGCAAGUGGGCAGCAGGGACCAUUGCCAUCUCAUGGUUGAUGCACACUCAGAUCUGUCGUGUCAGGAAGGCCCUUCAGGCCCGGCGUUUCAGACAACUGGAGAAUUUCCGUAGCAGAGCCCAGCAUCUGGCAGCCAACUGGAAACACAUCCAGUCCUCUAAGAGGACCAUUAUCCACAUCCCUUCAUUAGGAUACUCUCAGUGCCAGCGACUCAACUUGCGUGGAUAUGCUGUCCUGCAGAACAUACAAAUUAGCAGACUGUGUGAUAUUAGAGAUAAAAAUGUGGAGGUGAUCUAUGUAUGUCCGCGGCAUCUUGGAGACGACAUCGUGCACUAUUACACCAGCCUCCUGAAGUGUGAUGGAGCAACAGAGGGGGCUGAUGCCGGGGCCACUCAGGCCUCAUCCUGCAUGAGACGCUUUAUCAUCCUCACACCUGAGGCUGUAGAUUUUUUCCCGACCCGUAACAUGUGCCUGUCCACGCUGCUAAAGUACAGUCCACGCACCCUGAAGCGCAUCAAGAACCUGAUCCAAGGGAAGCAGACCUACAUUGUGGGUGGAGUGGCCCAUGUGGAUGAUCUGGCAGUUGCGGAUGAGCUCGGAGUGCCAAUCCUGGCUCCAGAACCAGCUAUUGCACAGAUCUAUGGGACCAAAUCUGGAGGGAAGAGGAUCUUCUCCGGGGCAGAGGUUGAUGUACCCCCUGGUCAAGGAGACAUCUACUCGCUAAACCAGCUUCAUGAAAUACUGGCUGAGCUUAUGACUCAAAACAUUGAUGUGCAGCGCUGGCUCUUCAAGAUGGACUCUGAGCAUGGUGGCCGAGGUACAGCAUACUGUGAUAUAUGCCAUCUUAGCUGCUAUAACUGGGCCCUGCAGGAAUACCAUCGUUAUGGUCCUGAGCUAUGGAACACAAAAUGGAUUCAGGAGUCUGUACUGCUCAGAUAUUUAGAUGAGAUCCCAGCGUGGCUUGCCCGUUACGCCUGGCCUGCUAAAACCUCCUGCUAUCCCAACUGGGCCUGCUUCCUGAAGUCCUUCCUCAGGCAAGGCGGUGUGGUGGAGGCCUACCCACCUUCAGACAGUGUCACCUGUCUGACAGUAGAUCUGCUACUAGAGCCCGGGGGUGAGGUGACCAUGUUGUCCUGUGGAGACCAGCUUCACGGCUCUUGUCAACUGGAAGCUAUAGGCUCCACUGUUCCUCAGACCUCUGUACACCCAGAGACCUUGCACUCCAUCUGCAUGCGUGUGGGCCAGGCCUGUCUACAACGCCUUAUUGUGGGUUAUGUCUCGGUGGACCUGACUACCUUUCUGUACCACAACACCAUGGAGCAGAAGGUGUGGGCUAUUGAUCUGGACCUUACAUACAGUGACCAGCUGGCCAUGACCCAGAUGCUUCUGAUGAUGACUGGAGGAACGCUGAAUUGCCGCGCAGGCUGUUUAGAAGUGCCAAUGCCAAUCAGAGACAAAUGCUGUGAACACCAGAUUGCACCCAAACCUCCUGUGAUUAAUCGUUAUGCAGUUGUUGGGAGCCACUUGUUUCACUCCAACCUUUCCAUGUUAUACCAUAAUGUGUUCUUUAUGAUGUGCAAGGCUCACGGCAUAGGAUUUAACAUGAAGAAGAAGCAAGGCACUGUUUUUGCUCCUUAUGACAGCAGUGAGCGAUGCAGUAUUGGAAUGAUAACAAUCGCAGAAGAUCUCCAGGGAGCUCUGGUGACCUUUGCUCGGAAUCUGUCAGUUAUUCAUCAGGAAAUAUCCUCCUCUAAAAUGCAAGGAGAAACCAAUUUUAAGGAGCUGAUCAAGGACAUAGAAGAUGUACUGCAGAUGACUGUUCAGAACAAGAUGCGAGCGGUGGACGAUAAACCUGCCACUUAGACAGCAGCUUCACUGAUAAACUUGCAUUACGCUCGUCAAGUUAAGUCUUCGUGUAUUACCCAACUUUAAUGUCAAAUUACUCUGGAGAUGAAUCAAUGUUGAUCAAACAAAGAUAGUCAAAUAAAUUCCUGAAAAACAUUGUUAGAAUCUAGCAUGGACAUUUAUAAUAACUGGUUUUGUGAGUUGUGUUAACUGCUUGACUAUAAUUAAAAAUUGGAAAAUGACAACCAUUAAAGACGUACAGUAAACUAUGCACAAGGUAAUUCAACUGUGGAGUCUGUAGGCUUCAUUCAUGAAUGUAUUAAGUAUUCUUGCAAUGACAUAAUAAAAAGCUGUUUUAUUUUG